UAAAAACUCACCACUCUGCAAGGAUGCUGGUGAAGCAAGGAACGAAGUGAGUGAGUGAAGAAGUGUUCCAGCGCAGCAAGCAAGCAGCUCAGCAGCAAAAGUACAGUCCUAACAAGCAGAGCAGCACGAGGACCUACCCAUCCCAGCUGUGUUUGGUUUCCUAUCUAUCUAUUGGGAUCUAAUAUCAGUGGUGAAGUACUAGUACGAGUAGACUAGCUAGCAACCAUCAAGUAUCAGAGCAGUGCUGUGGUAGUUGAACAGUGGAACUGAUUGUUAGAUUACCUUGCAAGCGAAGCCCCGCCAGAUUUGUUGUAAGUAAGUAGUCGACUGGUCCUUACUUCAACCCAAGUCUCUCCGUCAGUCAGUCAGUGAGUGAGUACGGUAGUUAGUCCGCUCGGUUCCUCUGCCCUUCGGCCCCACCAUCACAAGAAACAAAGACGAAAGACACAGAGAGAGAGAGAGAGAGUAAUGUUGUUUGCGAUUCAUCCAACCGGUACCACUAGUAGCACCAGCAAGAGCAGUAGCAGCAACAAGACGGCGGCCGAGAGUGGAGGGUCAUCCUCACAAUCUGCAGAUCUCUUGGACGCUCCAUCAUCAUCAUCCGCAGCAGCAGCAGCAGCACAACAACAUCAAGUCGAACAAGGAGGUCUAGAACGCAGCAACACGAACUCUACCAAUCAUUCGACCGCUUCUACUUCUACUAGUACGACGGACAGCGUGAGUGUGGUCUCGGUCAGUUCCAACUCCAACUCGGCAUCGUCCAUGACAGCAGCAGUAGCAGUAGCAGCCGAACCUCCGCUUUUGACUCCCAUGACAACAACAGCAGCAACAACAACACCCUUGUUCAAUAUGAACUCUUCUUCCAUGCAAAACCUGUUGAAUCAGGAACCAAGACACAACAAUGGCUCUUUUCACUCUCUCCAACAACAACAAUCCUUAGCCGUCGAUAUGGAUGAUCACGCGUCCAAUCCAUUUCCCACUUUGUUGCAAGUACGACAACAGUCAGAGUCGCAACUACAAAAUGGACAGCAGCAGCAGCAGCAACAACAACAAGGACAAAACAAGAGACGAUUGUUGUCACAAGAACAAAAAGCCACACUGGAACGAGUCACGCGACUCUCCGCUCGUCUCUUGGGACUUCCCGUGGCGGUCAUCACUGGUACCAGUUCUUCUAGUAGUAGUACUAGUAGUAGUCCACCACAAGUGAUUUGCGAGCAUGGACUCGAACAAGUCCACUGGAAGGAACAAGCACUCACCUUGUUACAACAGCAGCAACAGCAACAGUCCUCCACGAUUACCAAUGGCAUGCCCUUUUGUCAACACGUUCCUCUUGUCGCUGCAUCCGGUGCAUCCGUAGGAACGCUCAGUCUCAUGACAGCCGAAACCCGACCGCCACUCACUCAAGAAGAAGAAGAAUCUCUGGAAGAUUUGGCGUUUCUGGCCACACAAGUUCUCUCCAAGUUACGAAACGCUCGUCGAAGAAGAAGCACCGCCGCUAGCAUCAAGGCUCUCGAAGACGACGACGAUCAAGACUCCUCGUCAUUCCAAGUCCAUCGUCAAGUCUCCAAUGCAUCGGCUGCAGAAAAUGCUCCUCCAUCCAUGAUGCGACGACAACGGAGACGAUCUUUUCGCAAUGCCACAAGUAGUAGUACUACUGCCAGUAAUGGUAAUAAUAAGAAACGAUCCAACAGUUUCAACACCAAUGCCAGUGACGAAGACAACGAUCCAGAAGACGAACAAGAAGAAGUAGAAGAUCCUUCCAAGUGUCUCAUUGCCUGUACGGCACAUGAUUUACUCACGCCGCUCAUGGGAUUGCAGCUUUCACUCUCACUCUUGCAAGACGACUCCAAGUUUGUUCGACAUUUGGAAGAACAACCGCAUCAACGAGAAUCCUUUUGGACGGCAUGGCAGAGUACCGAAGUCAUGUAUCGCAUGUGUCAAACCACCAUUGAUACACUGCGGGCCAACAAGCAUAACAAACAAAUUGAGCCACAAGCAUCUCCUUCUGCAACUACUACUGCCAACACUCCACCACCGCCCACCACCAUUUGCAAUCUCGAUUUGACCGUCUUGUUGCAGUCCUUGCAACGAUUGAUGGAUCCCAUUCCCAAACAAGUGCCACUCAUCAUUACGCUGCCCAAGCACGUACCCACACUCAUUCCCGUCGUCACUAUCGAUCACCAACAGCAACAGCAGUGCAACAAGAAUCACCAUCAUCCACACCAUUUGAUGAGUAGUAUCAGUCAUAGUGGUCAUGGCAAUGCCAACAACAGCAACACUUCUUCUUCUUCUUCUGCCACUACCACCACCACCAAUACAGUCGAUUGGAAUAUUCUGCGCUGUGCCCUCACUGUACUCUCUCAUGCCUGUCGCGUCAGUGAUCAGCAACAGCCCAUUCACAUGCGCAUGGCACUCCGACAGCAAACGCUUGUUUUGGAAUGCGAUCAUCAUGAUGGCACGACGCAAGAUUGUGACAGUGACGAUGAUUCCACGACACUGGCAUUGCAAUCGGUCGCACAUCAAAUGCAAUCGGUACACGGAGGACAAUAUGGAUUGGAACGGAAUACUACAGAUGGACGUGCCACCUUUUGGUUCUCGGUACCGGUGGGUGCCAUGACGACCACUCCAUUCAAUCGAGACGAUCGGGUCGUGACACUCAUGCCCGCUGCCAUGCGUGCGCCGCAGCCUACCGAGCAGCAACAGCAGCAGCCGUCACUACCCCCGACAACAAGUCCUCCCAACCAGCAACGACGAUUGCGACGCCUCCGACGAUCGUCUACUGGAAGUACCAAUGUCUUGACGACGAGUCGGGUCCGCACGUUUCAUGACAUGGCUGGAUUGCAGAAUGAUACGUUUGGUGCUACUAGUAGUAGUACCUUCAUGAUGACAUCGUCCACCAGUUCGUCGCGAUUGGGGACUACCAUUCCCAGUGUCUUGCCUACGACACUCAUGCCACGAUCGCAGUCCCAGUAUCCGCCCACUACCACCAGUGGGACACUGUCGGGACACAAGCGAAACUUUCAAUAUCCCAACCAUGGCAAUAACAGCAGCACCAUGACGACGACCGCCAAUUCGGCCAUGGCGGCUGCCUUUCAAGCCAGUUUGGCAGCGUCGUCUGCCUUGUUUUCGACAUCCAACAGUAAUGCCAUGGACGAUGAUUCUUCCGCGAUCGAUCGAAAAGCGGGCGGUCGCAGUCGGUUGAGUUAUUCGCUACUCCAAGAACAACAGCAGUUGGAUCGAGAAGAAAAAUUGCGGCCUUUGCAGUUGCAGCAACAACAACAACAGCCACAUUUGACAGCGAACCCUUGUUCGAACACGACUACGACGAGUAGUUUUACUGGUGGUGGAAGUGGUUUGGAUCGAUGUUUUCAAGAUCUCAUGGGGAGUUCCGAUCAAUCGACUCAACGAAUACGGCAACGACUCCUUCAACAAAGCAGCACACCCAAGUCGUCGUCGGGAAAGCCAGUAUUGACAUCCUUGGGAGGAGCACCGCGAGAACGCAAGGCAUUGGUCAUUGAAGAUUCGUUGGUGAUUCGCAAGACGGUGGCUCGCGCUCUCACGAAAAAGAUGGGCAUUCAUACCGUUGUGCCGGCAUGUGAUGGCGUCGAAGGAGUGGCACGGCUCAAGGAAGAAGUCUUUGAUAUUGUCUUGUGCGAUUUCUCCAUGCCCAAUCUGGGUGGUAUAGAAUGCGUCCAACAGUACCGACAGUGGGAGGCGCAACAACAACCAGGACGACGGCCCAAGCAAUAUAUUGUGGGGAUGAGUGCUCAUGCCAGUCCCAGCGAUAUUGCGCAAGGACUCAAAGUGGGGAUGAACGAGUACCGACCCAAACCAUUGACCAUUCCGCGUUUGACCGAACUCAUGGAAAGUCCAGCUCUGCAAGAAAUGCGCAAGCAGUUGGAUGCCUGGCGGAAACAGAAAACGGCCGAUGUCCUACUGUUGGCGGCGGCGAGUCCGACCGCCAAGGCCGGAAAGGCACAACGGGCGACGAGUCUCUUUGCCGACUUUACCAAUUCCACCGUGAGUAUGCUCGAUGCCAUGAACACGGCAUCACGGGCUUCAUUCUCGGCGGCAGGAGGGGGGGAUGCGGACCAUCCCAUUGAAGGAUCCUUGAAACGACCCAAAACCGAAGGGCUCUUCAGUAUGAUUACAAACUAGCUAAAUUGAACUAAUAACAAGUUUAAUUGAGCUAGUUAGCCG